AUGUCUUACCAGUGCAAAAAUUGUGAACGUGAAAAGGAUCAAAAUAACAAUUAUGUGAACGCAACGUACGCGGCUAACGCUCACGGGACUCGUGGCAGUCGAGCCAGUUCCGCUCGGGCCGCAGCAGAGCAACCUGUGCGAACCAGGAAUGCCAGCAAUGGCAGAAACAAUGAAACCACUGUCGGUGGUAGUGGUAGCACGCCGCAAGGGCCGGGUUCCGGAACCGGUGCUACUCAGGUGACGGCCAAGGUUAUGUGGGGCAGCGUCGGAGCGAUCAAAGAACUUCGCGAGAAAGAACAAGCCGAACGAAAUCAGGUCACCAGAGCCGGGCGUCGGCAAUAG